AUGACCUCGGCACCACUGCUAAGCACUCCCUCGACGUCGCGGCGGCGGAAGCCCCGAUCCGUCUUCGGGUACUGGCCGGUUUGGUCCGAGUGCGUGCCCCUCAACGAGGAAACAGGGAAGGUCGAUGGGGUCCGAGUGACGGCAAAUAUUAUUGCUGGCAGCAUCAUCGGCAUCAGACAAACCCUCACCGGCAUUGUCAGUGCGACGCUGGUGUUCACUGGGUCCAGCUUCCCUGAAGUCACGCACAUGUUCUCGUUUGGUAUAUGCAUGAUGUGGUAUUCCACGAUGGUCGGCUCGGCAUUCUAUGCGAUCUUUGGGAGGCUGCAGUACAACACCAGCGCCACGCAGGAGGUCUGUGCCAUCCUCUACGGCGCCAUGGCGCAGAACGCCGCCGAGCGGCUGCGCAGGUCCGGCCAGCCGGAGCGGAUCCCGGCGACGGUCCUUGCGCUCAUCAUGGCCGGAACGUCUCUCACGGGACUCUGCAGCGUGCUCCUGGGGAAGCUCGGGGUCGGCAAGGUGAUGCUGAGAUUUCCCAGCCCAGUGACGAGUGGUUUUCUGGGCACAAUCGGCUUCUUCCUUGUUCGGACGGCCCUGCAAAUUUCUUCUGGGGUGCAGUUCCAGUACUUCUACCCGGUCAGCUUUGCCGACUUCUUCUCUCUGCGGAGCAUGGCCCCCGUCUCUUGCUUGCUGUGCAUGGUCAUGUUGAUUCGGAGUGGCCCUGGUCUCAUCGCCAAGAUGUAUGGCCAGAACAAGGCAGUCAUGAAGCUCUCCGGCCUGGGCUGCCAGCUUUUCCCCUUGGCCCUCUUCUAUGUGGUGAUUCUGAUAUGUGGCAUCCCUAUGGAAGUGCUAAGUGAGACGGGCUGGACUUUCCCCGCACAAGCAGGCAGCACUUUCUGGGGGUUAUGGACCACCUACAGCAUCGGCGACGCAGAUCCCAACGUCCUGCUGUCGAAUGUUUCUUCAAUGUUCAUGCUGGUCAUCAUGUCGGUGCUGUGCACGAUGACCGGUGUCUUGGGCAUAACGGGGAAGUUUGCCUCGGGUCCCGACGGAGACCCAUCUCCCAUGGACGUGGUGGACUUCGAUGCAGAGCUCACGAGUGUGGGCUUCGGUUCGCUUCUCACAGGCCUUACCCACGGUGUGGUGACCUUCCAUCGCCUGGGUAGCUCCAUCCAGCUGCGCAUGGAUGGUGGCACGCACCGCUUGGCCGUCUUGACCUCAUCUGCUUUUGUGGGCAUCUUCUUCUUUACGAAUGUCCCCCUGGGCCAUUUCAUCCCCAAGUUCUUCCUUGGCGGUCUCUUCAUGGGCAGUGGGGUUAGCUUCCUCGAGAGUUCCUUCUUGUCUUUCCGCAGCCUACCGCCGCUGUGGGUCUUCGGCUACCGGUACUGGGUGACGGUGGCCUGUAUCCUCGUGGCAGCCUUCAGCUCACCCUUUGAGGGCAUCGGAGCCGGCUUAGCUCUGAGCCUGGUCAUCUUCCUCUACGACAGCACGCAGUCAUCCCCUGUGGACAGCAUGUCGACGGGAGACCGUACCAUGAGCCGGACACGACGGCCUUUUUGGGAGCUCGAGGCUUUGGGCACCGAGGGACAUCGCAUCCUCCUCCUGUAUCUCCAGGGGCAGCUCUUCUUUGGCUCUGGUCAGACGCUGGCGGCAAGCCUGGUGGAGACAAUCGAGGGCGCCCGGAGGCCUUUGCCGCCAGAAUUCUGCAUCCUCAGCUUCGGGAAAGUUUCCAGCAUCGACGCCUCCGCAGCCGAGCAGCUGAAGACAGCCGUAAAGCGGGUGGCCACUCUGGGUUGCAAGGUGCUGUUUUGCCGAAUGAACGCUCAAGUCUUCGAAGCCCUGUCGGUCGGCUGCGUGGUCAAGUCUCCGGACUCCGACCUUCGUGAGAGCGACCCUUCCGAGGAUGGAAGCUGGCAGGAUUCCCCGAGCCCGAGCCCCGUCAUACCGCUGAAUGAGAUGGAGGCCAACAGCCCCACUGGCAAAGGCGACUUGAACUGCUGGGCGAAGAUGAAGCCUUUCAGGCCUCUAGGACAAGAAGACUAUGAUGCUUUCGACGAUGUGACCGAUGCCUUGGAUUACACAGGAGAUCAAGUGUUGGAGCGUUACCUCUACGCCAAGGAGCUGGACACUUUUAUGCAGGAGUAUCGAGCUGCGUGCUCGACCGGCUCGCGCUUGGGUCCUGCGGCCUUCGAGGCCAUGAACUUGCUUCCUUCAGGCUUCCUGGGCCGACUACAGGCCUUCUGUGUGGUCGAGCGUAGCCUCACAUCAGGAAGCCACCUUCCUGGUUCCGAUGCACUCGUCCUGAUACUUCAAGGCGCCGUCGCCAUGGUGGAGCUGCCAGAGGCCGCGGCCCGCAAGGAUGCGAGGACCGGCCAGGUCUUGGUGAAAGGUUUCCAGGGUCGUCGGGGCACGAGGCUAAUGAGACGGUACCCGCCGGGCAGCUGCGUUGGAAUUCACGAGUUCCUCCUCACUGGUUGCAAGAGACUCACACGAUCAACGACCCGCUUGGUGGUUUCAAGCAAGUUUGGUUAUUCUACGGAGGUCUGGUGCCUUAGCCGAGAAGCUUGGAAGUCGAUGUCAGAGGAUCUGCGGCAGGUCCUCAGCGACUGGUGCCUGCGGCAAUUGGCCGAGGCCCUGGCAAGCGCAGUGACAGAGGUGGCCAGUGCCCUUCAGGACUUCGGCCAAGACUCGGAGGAAGCCGAGGGCAUGAGCCUGCGCUGCCUGAAGGGGGAGGAGCUUGAGGUGAUCCUGCGCCACUACAGCGGCUGGACCUUGUGCCGCAAACCGCCUGCAGAGGCAGCUGGAGGCCCAGAGCUGACUCCCAAGGGCCCAGCGGAGGAGGGCUGGAUGCCGGACAACUGUCUGAGCGACCACCCUCGGAACAUGCCCACAAAGCAGCAGCAUCUGAUCCUCGCUGGGCUCCAGCGCCUCUCCGCGGAGCUCAGUCAGGUGGAGGCCUCGCUCUACCGGAUUCAAACCGAGGGUGCCGAGGAGGAGGAUUCCUUGCAAACGCUCCAUGCCAAGGUGUGCGAGCUGGUGGAGGAAUAUCGAAACAUCGCUGCUAUCCUUCAGGCAAAUCCGCAUCUGCUGGGCCAGGAGGAGACCAAAGCGCCCGUGGAGGAGCCGAAGAAUGCGAACGGCCUGCCAGCGUGGGUCCGUGUGGAGGGUCGCUGCUACUACGUCUCCAAAUCGCAGAAGAAGCUCAUGAGCGUUACGAUCAAGCGUGUUUGCGACGUCCGCCAGCAGAUUCUGGUGACUUUCGAUUCCGAUCGCAACGCCCGAAAGGUCGUGGAGUUCGCUGCUUUUGAGGACAUGGCCUCCUGUCCCUUGCAGCCCAAGGAGAAAUCCAGGCGAAGGAAGAGCCGUGUCAAGAAGCCUCAUGACGAAUUGGCAGAAGAUCUUCGGGAUGUUAUCCAGGAUCUGGGACCCCCGGGCGCAAUCUCAGCUGCGGCGUCGUCGGACUCGGAGUCGGACAGCUACUCGUCCAGCGACUACACUUCCUCCACGGCCUCAGGAUCCGAUCGGGGCGUUGCCACUGGGCCAGAGUUCCACGAGGGAAGUGGCUCGUCGACGUCGCCUUGCUUCGGACCAGAGCAGGCAGAGGACAAGGCGCGAGAGGCAGCGGAGAAGGCCAAGGAAGCCGAGGCCUGUCGCAAGGGGCCCCUUGCCGACUCCGCCCCCUCUGUGGAAGAUGGAGCCAAGAAGGCAGAGGAGAGGAGCUUGAAGCUCUUCUCGGGGAUUCGGGGGGGGAUUCGGGGGGCGUUCUGGGCAGAUUGGCACUUGCAGGAGCUCAUGAACUUCCCGCCUGAACGCCAUAAAGUGGACAAGGGGCACGUGGCUUUUCGGAGCCAACUCUUCGAUGCAGCUGCCCUCGCGUGUGCGGCAGACUGCGUCCCUGGCUCAGCUCAACUCAUAGACGACAUGAUGUCUGGCUCGACACAAACCAAAUUGGAUGCCCGUGCCUUAAUGUUCGUGGUGGAUGUCAUCCUGAAGCGUGGGAUGCGCCAAAACCCGCCGCCGGAGCGCAACUCUGCAGUGAUGGCGAAAGUGAUGGUGCCACACCUGAGCAAGUGGCUCCGGGUUCUGCUUCUGACGAAGCGCUCCCCGGAGCAGCUUGAAAAAACCAGAAAAAUGAUCUCAAGAUGGUCGGACGAUGGCUGGCUGCCGAUGGAUGGUGUUCUCCCACUGAUCGAGCUGAUGGAUGGCGGCUUGCCUCCUGUUUCCGAAGACUCCCAGCAAUCCCAACAGUCGCUGGACUUCUCGCAGUCGCAGCCUUUGCCUUGGAGCUCGCCCGAGCGCAAGGAAGAGCUCCGUCCGCCUGUGCCGGCGGCCCCGGCGGCCCCGGUGGCCCCGGCAGCCCCCACACCGCCGCCAUCGACGCAAAGUCGGGAGGAGCCUCCCUCGAAGCGCGUGAGGCGCCUGUCCAGUUCGGAGCUCCCGAGCCGCGAGGCGGAGGCGCAGCAAGCCCAAGAGCUCACCCCGACGCGGAGGCUGGUGCUGCCGAGCGCGCAGAAGGACAAGAAGGCCGCGCCCGGGCGGCGCUCCCUCACCGCUGCAGAGACGACCACUGCCAGUGUCGCCCAAACGGCGAAGGAGGCUCCUUUGGCGACCAACGGUGCCAAAAGCGAGCCGUCUGAUGAAAAGCCACAGCUGCAGCCCGUGCAGAAGGACAAGAAGGCCGGGCGGCGCUCCCUCACCACUGCAGAGUUUAUCGGGUGCGCGACGACCACUGCCAGUGUCGCCCACACGGCGAAGGAGGUGAAGGCGGCUCCUUUGGCGACCAACGGUGCCAAAACCGAGCCGUCUGACGAAAAGCCACAGCUGCAGCCUGUGGCCGAAGGCACCGGGAAAAGUGACGCGCCUGCGGCGCAGGAUCAGGCAAAUGACCAGGAGCUCGUCCGUCGCAAGAUUUCCAUCUCCUGGCGAGUGCGGGGUGACUGUCGCUGCCUCUUCCGCGCCGUGAUGCGGGCUUACACACUCGAUCCGCUCAACCGAAAGCAACGAGAUCAUCUGGGCGAGCCCGUCGACGAGGCGGAGCGCGUGCAGGAGCGGGAGUACGCCGACAAGCUCCGGAAACGUGUCUGCGAGGAGUUCCUGCUGCGCCAGGAUGAGGUAAAGCCCCUGUUGGAGAACGUCACCUUCGAGGCCUACGUGCAGCGGAUGAGCGAGUGGCAAACUUGGGGUGACGAGAUCUGCCUGAAGUUCCUCCCGGAUGUGGUGAAGCGACCGCUGCAAGUGUACUCCUGUAACUGGGAGAAGCAGGAGCUCUUCGAUGCUGGGCUUUACAUCCCUUCGAAGAAGGAGUACCACGGCAAAGAGUGCAUCGUUCUCCUCCACAAUGGAAAGUCUCAUUUUGAUUUGGUGUCCACCGAGUGGCUUCUUGCUUAUGCUCGCGAAAGGGCGGCAGGAGCUAUCCAGGCUGCCUAUCGCCACUACCGUGAGACCACAGAGGUGGUUGCGAAGGCCCUGGUGUCGCACCUCCACAGCCCUCCACCUGCACCUCCCUCGGCCGAGCGCCUGCAAAGCGCAGCAACCCUGGUUCGCAGCAUCGUCCGGCGCUACCAAGCCAAGGAGCUGCUUGCAACUCUGGAGUUGGAGCAGGCAGAGAUGGAGCGACAGCACCAGCUUCAGGUGGCUGCUGCGAAGACCAUCCAGUCCGUCGUUCGAUGCUUUCAACUCCAGCAGCAGCUACAGGACUUGGUGGCCAUGUGCCGGGGUUCGAUCGCUUGGCAGGGUGCCUGCAGGCGUUUCUCGGCACAGGCCACGCUACUAAGCGCUUGGGACGAACAUCAGAAGCGGCGAAGUGCAGCCGCGGUGCAGCUCCAGGCAGCUCAGCGUUCCUUCCGGGCUCAGCGCGAGCUCGCCCGGCGCAAGGCAAUGCGAGAUGGCUUGCUACUCCUGGGGCCAAAGGAGAUCAACUGCGUACGCCUCUUCCAACGCAGCGGUCGUCGAUACCUGGCUUGCCUGGUGGUGUUGGAGGCGGAGCGACACCGCUGGCGUUGCGCUCGCCGCAUCCAGGCGCUCUGGCGAGGGCACCGAUGCCGAGAAGGGCUGAGAGAGACCUUGGACGCCUGGCGCAAGCGCCGGGGCAGGGCACAAAGGAAAAUGCUGUCGUGCCAUGUGGCACCCACGCUGUCCUGCCUCAGCGAUGAUGAGAGGCAGCUAAUUCUGAGCUUCCUGCUCGGGGAUCUGACCUGCUAUCCGCGAGUGGCCGCCAUCGACCGUCGAUUCUUCCUGGCCUGCACUUCCUUGGGCUCCUGGCGAGAAUCGGUGAUCGAGAUUCCCCGCAAGUGGGCUCUCAAGCAGGAGUGCCUGGAUCAGUUGCUGAAGCUCUCGAGCAGCUGGCAGCUGGCGCAGAAGGUGGUGCUCCCUCCCUUCCCCCAGCGCCAUCGCUUCCAGGAUCAGCUGGCCAAGGACUGCCCCCGGCUGGUCUUGGCACCCUCUGGAGAAGGACCCUAUAUGCUCUUCAUACCGGUGGAUGUGCCGAAGACUCUUCGCAGGGGAGCCCCCCUACAUGUUCGGAUUUGUGACGCAUGGCAGAGCCAAAGAAGGUUCGCGCGGCGUGCUGUGUCAGGCCACAGACUGGAGCAACAACAGCAACGGCACUUACGACGUUCAGAUCAGGGCCGAGGCCACCUUCAUCUUGACGGAGGUCUGGCACCAGGAUCUUCCGCACAGCUCCCCCCUUGCGAUCGGGUUCGUCGACAUCACUUCAGGUGGAGCUCCUCAGCGAGGAAGCAGUCCUCGGGUGCUGUCGUCCAGGAGCUCUGGACGACGGUGCUUCCCGUUGCCUUCCCUCCGCAGAUGGCUAUCUGGCCUUUGGACUUGCUGCCCACGCCGCGUGCAGAGCUGCGCGCUUGCCUUCUCCUGCAGCGUCAGUUCCGGGGCCAUGCGGUGCGGCGGAGCACUGGGCCUCAGCUCCGGAGACGACAGCAUGCAGCUGCUCGUGUGCAGGGUAUUGCAAGAGUACGAAAGGCGAAGCGGGAGGUGGACCGGUUGCGCAAGGAGCUGGAACUUCGACGAGAGGCGGCGGUUACGAAGAUCCAGAGCUGCAUGCGCGGCGUAGUGGCUCGGAGGAAGGUGUUGCCGCAAAUCACCUUCCGACGCCUGGCGGUCAUCCGCAUGCAGGCUUUCUUGCGAGGCGUCCUCGGGCGGGCACGUGCCCGGAUCGUCAAGCGAAAUCGGGCUGCCAUCAAGAUCGAGAGCUUCUGGCGCGGCGGGCUCGCAAAGGCGGAGGCCAUGCGGCGCAGGGCGGCCGAAGCAAACCGGCUCCUGGAAGCCUUGCUGGAGGGCAACGUGCCCUUGACGGAUGGCACGCCGCGCACAGCUGCUGGUGGCAGAGCCUGGUUGGGCAAGGUGACUGCAGCGCUGGAGUGGAAAGCCCAAAACGAUGCAGACGAAGAGGACAAACUGAUGCGACUGCGACGGCAACUGGCUUUCAGCCGGCUUCCACAAGUACUGCUGGAGGAGGUCGGAAUGCCGGACAGCAUCCUCUCUGCAGCCCUCCUUGACCGUUCUGUGGCCGCCCUGGGGAUCUGCAAGCGCCGAGCCCGGCACCGCAUCCGCGCGCUCCUGCAGACACAGAUCUGCCAAGGUGGAGAGCUGGUAUUUAACAGGCAGAUGCGCAGAUCACUGUCCGUGGACCAUGGCGUGCUCAUCCGACUCACAACGGAAGAUGCUGUUCGGGAGGUCUCCAACCUCCUCCUGACCUCCUGGUCCAUUGCAGCAGCUCGACGCUCUGCAUCGUCGGCCGGAGGCGCCUCUACGACUCUUCAAGUGCUGCAGUCAGGCCUUCACUCCCUGAAGCGGAAGUUGCAUGUGGAGCUGUAUGCCACAGGCAAAAGCACCCAGCCGCAAGACUCGGCAGCCCUGGCUGCGCUGGUCGCAUCCGGGGAGGAGGCGGCGACGAAGGCGGUCGAGCGGGCUGCCGCUGCAAGGGACAAGGUCCUGAAGCCCUUGGAGCAGGAGCACACGGCCCUCAUGUCCGAGAGCAAGGCUGCCACGACAGCACUGAAGGCCGCUGUUGAAAAAGUACAGCCGGAGGUGGAUGCGAUCAAGAGGAAGCACCAGGAUGAGGCCAAGCAGGCUGAGGAGAAGCUUCGUGAAGAAAGGAAGCAGAAGCACGAGCAAACGGUCGCGCUUCACAAGAUUGCCAUCAGCACGCAGAUCGAAAAGGAGCGUUUGGAGGCUGGCCUUGUGGAUAAGAGCAGGCCAAAGGUUGCCUGCUACAAGAAAGUCUUCGCAAACGUUAAGGAGCUGCAGCAAGAGCUCAAGGAUUUGGAGGUCAGCGGCACGGCAAACCGGAAGAGCCAGGGCAUUUUGCAGCACACUCUGCGAGCCCUCGAGUCCCGGGCAGUCAAGGCGGAAAGCGACGCCAAGGCGAAGGCGCUCUUCGGCGAAGAGGAGCAAGAUGUCAAGGACUUCAAACCCAGCGCUCAGGUGCUCAAAAAGCAAGAGAAGAGCGUGGAGCAAGAGGAGCAGUUCCAAGUCCAGCUCGAGUCCGAGGUGCAUAGCCUCCGUGCAGAUCUGGAAGCGAAAGCCAGCCGCGAGGCGGGCAUUCUCGGUGCGCAGCUGCGCCGGGAGGCGGAGGAGUUGGGCCAGGCAGCCGCAUCCGUGGAACGUCGCAUCGUCAGCUGGAAGGAGCGGGCGGAUGCCGUUCGGCAGUGGCUGGCAGAGGUGGUGCCAGUGGCAAAGUCUGCAUCACGGAUAGUGACGGCGGCCGAUUUCGUCAAGGCCUGCCAAGCGCCCGAGUCCGCACACGCCUACGGGGCCUGCCUCCGGGCAGUGGCCAAGCAGGUGAUCUCGCUCCUCAACGAGGCAGAGAGCGUUGCUCGAGGGGCCUCCUCCCCGCGUGAAGGCGACCUGGCCCCGCAUCUGCAGCGGCUCAAGUCGACCCUGAAGGCACUUGGCGAGCUGCGGGUGACUUUCCCGGAUCCGCCAGAUGUGCGGAGCUCGCCCAGCGCGGCCAAGGGGAGGAGGCGGCUCUAUGGCAGGGAGGAUGGCGAUGAAGACGAUGCAGAGUCCACGGAAGCUCCCAAGGCCGGCAGCAGCCAGGGCUCGAGGAAGAACUCCAUCAGCAGCCCUCCGCCUCUGCCGCUCUCAACUGUGGAGGGAGGCGAGGAUGCGGAGACGGACACGCCGCGCGAGGACGCGAUGGCCUCUGGUGAGCUCCGGCUUCGUGUGCUGCAGGCCACUGAAAGCAUGGGCCAUGGGGUUACCGGCCAGGAGGGGUUCUUCUGGCAGGUCGGUGACCUGCGCAUGAGAGUGGCCGAGCAGGGCGAUCCCGCGACCUGCCUUGAAGCUAAGAAGGCCAACCCACUGGUGCUGCUCGUCCAUGGCUGGCCCGAAUGCUGGUUCUCGUGGCGCUGGCAGCUGCCCGCCCUGGCAGAGGCUGGGUACUACGCAGUGGCGCCGGACAUGCCGGGUUAUGGAGGCACGGACUCCCCCAAGGAGGUUGCUCGCUACGAUUCCAGGAGCAUAGGGAAGGACCUGCUGUCACUCCUAGGAGCUCUUGGAAAGGAUUGCUAUGCCCUUGUUGGCCAUGACUGGGGCGCCCUCCAUGUAUGGCUUAUUGGCAGCCUCUUUCCGGAAGCCUUCCCUCGGCUUUGUGCUAUGAGCGUGCCGCCGCAUAUCCUCCAUGGCCAGCGGCCUCCCGUGGUCGAGCUAGCUGCGAGACACGGUCCCAACUUCAACUACAUCGUCUACCAUAACGAGUACACCCGCUACGGAGAGUCCUGGCCUGUCCACGACCCCUCAGCUGUCUCUGGCCCGGCAGAUCAAGAAUAUGAUGCCGAUCCAGAGAACUUCCUUCUCCGAAUCUAUCUUUCUGGUGCAUUGGGGACUUCCGAAGUCAAAGCCAUCCCCUUGGAGGCCGACCGCAACAAGGAUCUGAAGCGCUCCAGUGGUGGAUGCCGCACGCGCCUUCCGCAGCCGGUCAGGGGGGCACCUUUGCCCUCCUGGCUUCCCCGGCCUGCCUUGGACCGCUUCGUCGACGAGUUUCGAAAGUCGGGAUUUCGCGGAGGGCUGAACUACUAUCGCUGCCUGGAUCGAAAUUGGGCGCAGGUUCAGGAGCCGUUGAAGAAGAGAGGACGGAAAGUCCUGCAGCCUCUCUUAUUCAUCGCCGGGGAGCUCGACAACGUCAUCCACACGAAUGGUGGCAUGGAAGCUUCGACGGCCGUGCUUCGCAAGACGUGCGCGGACCUUCGUGGGAUCGUCUACAUCCCAGACUGCGGUCACUGGAACACACAGGAGAAGCCACACGAAACCAAUGUCGCACUCAUCGGAUUCCUGGAUUCAACGAAAGAUCUGGGCAGAGGGCCAGCGCCGCUUGAGCCGACCAGCCGGCUAUAG